AUGUCUUCUACUGGAGCAAGCAGCAGCUCACCACACCCUCCACCUCAACCAGACCAUGGCCCUUAUCUUCCAACAACCGCCGGCAUGGGAGGCCUCCCGACCAGGAGCGUUGACGAUCCCAUCACCGCCGUCUUCCUCGCGCUCUUCGUCUUGGGAGCCGUGUCUCAUAUGACAAUUCUCCAAGUAAACCUUCGGCGAGGCAAGAAAUUCAUUAUCUCCGGCCUACUGUUUGGGUUCUGCAUGGCUCGCAUAACGACCUGUACCAUGCGACUUGUGUGGGCAGACCAUCCGACCAAUAUCAACGUAGGAAUAGCGGCUCAAGUCUUCGUUUCGGCUGGAGUUCUACUUCUCUUCAUUAUCAACUUGAUUUUCGCCCAGCGUCUCCUAAGGGCCUUGCAUCCCGGGUGGGCAUGGGCGAGGUGGCUCUCGCUGGGUUUUAAGCUCUACUAUGCCUCGAUCGUGCUUAUGCUCGCUGCCCUCAUCACCUGCACAGUUCAAAGUUUUUUUACGCUCUCAAUCAACACACGCCGUAUUGACCGAGAUGUCCAGCUGGUUGGCGCUACAUACUUCACAGUCGCGGCUUUCCUACCAGUCAUUAUCAUCCUUCUCGCAUUCAUCCUUCCUAAAAAAUCCAACGUGGAAAAGUUCGGCGAGGGGCGAUUCAGAACCAAAGUCUUCGUCCUAUUGUUUUCAACCAUCAUCUUGACACUGGGUGCCGCAUUCCGAACUGGAACAGCCUUCGUCCCGCGCCCGCAAACCAAUCCUGCGUGGUACCACUCAAAAGCAUGCUUCUACGGCUUCAAUUUCGUAAUCGAGAUCAUCGUCGUUGCACUUUACGCCAUUAUUAGGGUGGAUAAGCGGUUCCAUAUCCCGAACGGAAGCCGUGGGCCGGGUGACUACUCUAGCGGCGGGAAUGUUGGGCAACAGAAUAAAUCAAGUUUUGCAGAUAGAGUUUUGGAUGAGGACCAGGUCUUCGGGCGUGAGGAUGGGACCUUUGAGUUUUUUGAGAAGCGGAAUGGCGGGGUUGAAAUUAAUCGUUCCCGUGUCAGUGCUUCAGGCCCACCGCCUGGUUCGAGGCAAUCAGGGAACCAUUGA